AUGUCUUCCUGCUGGAAAAAAUCAAACGUGAUUGCUGGUAUUUCUAUUGCCAUCUUCAUGUCAGUAAUAAGUCUUUCCUACUUCCAGAAAAGAAAAUUUGUUUCCAUGUUGUGGCAUGAAAUGAACAUCUCUUCCGAUUCAAUAAGAAAUACUAACAUCUGCCGAGGGAUUCCUGCCCAUAAUACCAUUACACCAUUAAAAGAUAAGCGAACCUUCAUCAUUGCUCCAUACUUUGACAACAGAAAGAACAAAAUGACACGAGUGAUUUCAAUUGUCCACCACAAAGACGUCAAGGAGCUUUACUGCUGGUUCUGCCACCCAUCCAAUGGUGAAAUAUACAUCUCUAAGGCUCAAAUAGAUGUCCAUUCUGAUAGAUUUGACUUCCCUUAUGGUGCCACGGACUUGGAAUGUCUGGAACCAGAGGACUGGGAACCACAUUAUAUGUCAAUACAUUGGUCUCCUAUUGGAGAUAUUGACCAAUUACCAUUAUUUGAAAUAAGAAACCGUGAUCCUGCAGGUUCCCUUGUGGAUUUCACAGUCUGCAUCUCCACCAUGUUUGGAGAGUACAACAACGUCCUGCAGUUUGUGCAGAGCAUGGAGAUGUAUAAAAUCCUUGGGGUAGACAGAGUGGUGAUCUACAAGACCAGCUGCAGCCCACUGAUGGAAAAAGUGCUGGAUUUUUAUAUUGCAGAAGGGAUUGUUGAAGUAAUCCCUUGGCCCAUUGAUUCGUACCUCCAGGUCUCUUCUUCUUGGCAUCAUUCAAUGGAUCCCAAGGACAUUGGCUACUAUGGGCAAAUCACAGCCUUGAAUGACUGUGUCUAUCGCAACAUGUACAGAAGCAAAUAUCUGCUGCUAAAUGAUGUGGAUGAAAUUAUUCUACCAAGGAAAUAUGCAGACUGGAAAACUAUGAUGCAGAACCUUCAGGGGCAAUAUCCAGAGGCUGGUGUUUUCCUCUUUGAAAAUCACAUCUUCCCUAAAACUGUAUUUACACCCACCGACAUGUUCAACAUCUCCUCUUGGAGUGCAGUGCCUGGAGUUAAUAUACUGAAUCACGUCUUUCGGGAACCUGACAGGAAAGACGUCUUCAAUCCUCGGAAAAUGAUCAUUGACCCAAGGAAAGUGGUUCAGACAUCUGUCCACUGUAUUCUCUACAUGUAUGGGGACAGCAUUAAUGUCCCGAUGGAUGUUGCCCUUCUCUAUCAUUGUCGAAAACCCCUACAAGCAAAUCUUACUAGAGAAUCACUCAUUAAGGACACAAUGCUCUGGAGAUACAAUGUUUCACUGAUUGGGAAUGUCAACAUAGUUCUCCAGCAAAUAGCUUUGUAA